CUGUUGAUUCCUGUCAAACAACUCCAGCACGCACCCACAUUCACACGGGGUAAAAUCCUCUGCUCUAGAAUCAAGUAUAGUACUGGCUGCAGUCUAUGAUUCUUGCUCAAUCCUGGUUGUCCAACCAACUGAGCGUUAGGACUCCAUGACACCAAAUUGUGGCCACAAACCAGCCAAAUCAGCCUAUCCAGCCAAAUGUUGUUCCUUACUCUGCUACUUUGCUACACUCCCUUCGUUGGCCUCCAUCAAUGAACAAGAAGACUGGUGUAGGCUACUUUAGUCUCUAGUGUAGGCAAAGUUAGUGUACAUACAUGCAUAGUGAACAGGAUCUGAUUUGACUCGAUACCACCUUUGUCCACAACUUAGCAACAAGUGAAACUUGACCGCAUUCAAAACAUUUACAUUCUGCCCGUCAUCUCUACUACGUUUAUGCAGGAAGAUUGGUAGCAUUUUGGUUGCAUCGUGUGCAAUUAAGUUGGCCCUGACCGAACAUUGUCGAAACAAGUCUGGAGUGAUUAAGCUGGAAUUCCCACUGUCCCAAAUUUCAAGGAAGUGCGAUGAACUGAUCUCUUGAAUCGGAGGAUUCACUUUGGGACUCUCACGACAUCGAAAAUAAACAGACAAUCCUGGAGAGACGGAGAGAGAAAUAGGUGCUAGCACUAACAGAUUCUCAGUCAUCAUUGGGGUAUUUUGUGAGUCUGACUCGCUUCAAAGCCGUGACGCAAUGAGUUUGAGACAUGGUAGAGGACUAAAUCUUUAGAUCACUUUUCGAGCGGAAGUCUUUUCCAAAGAAUAUGGCCAAGUUCUCUCAAUGUGCUUCGACUUUGUGCUUAGUUAUUGGCGUUUUCGUACAUUCAUGCCGGAGUUCAGACCCAUCCGAGUUCCUCACCGUGUGUAACUCCAAUUUGGGGUCGCUAAGUGUGGCCCCUAAAUCAGGCGUGGCUUUGAUCGUGGGACAAGAAAGUGACAAUCCGACCUUGUUCAUAACUUACAACGAUAUUCUCGAGUUUCAAUGCGAGUCCAAGGCCCGGAACCAAGAGGUGAAGAUCAUCCAUAAUGAGCUGGACAAACGAAACGUCAUAUUAGUAAAUGUGACCGACUUUUCGCGGCAUGAGGUGUCGACCAAAAUACACGUGAAUGAUCUGACCACCCAAGGGCCGUGGAACUACCGCAACUCCAGUAUAGAAUGCCAAACUCGGGCUUUGGGUAUUCAGUCCAUUUGUUCCACAACAGUCCUGGUGGUUCGUGGAUCAGAUCCCGAAUCAUGCUCUUUCAAUCGAACUCUUGAUUGCAAUAUUCAUCCCAUUGUCACGGAGCUCUUUGCAUCCAGGGGAAUGGGAAGAAUCAAUGCCAGUCCAUUCAACAGUGUGGUGAGGUACUCAUUCUAUAACCAGUCUCGAGAUGCUUGGAUUGAAUGUGAAAAGGUGAAUCAAAAUGGUACCAACGUUCUGGAAAAUGUUGUCGAUGAGACAGCGGUACACAACAUCAAGUGCCCGAUCCAAGUCUCCAAACCUCGGCCCGUGAUCAUUCGGAUUGAAAAGGUGACCAACACGGCCUUGGGAGUGGGCACCCCAAUCUUCGGCCCGCCCCCGAAAUCACAGUAUUCGUAUUUCUCACUUGUUGUCGAUUCUUUUAUGUUGUCACAAGCAUUGGACAAAGACGACGGUGGGGAUAGAACAAUGGCUUUUAUUGGCAUUGCCUUGUCAGUCGUUUUGUUGGCCGUGUUGGCAGUUUUGGCCUACAUGUGCUAUCGUAACAAGUUUGCUCGGGAAAAGAUUAGCAAAACUAGUAUAUAUAGUAGCAUGGUCCCGUUGAAAUCCUCACAAUCUCAGGGGUCGUAUGUCACUUCUGAUGCUGCUUCCAUGAGGACAGAGACAACCACGGAUUACGAGAAGUUGAUGAACAUUUUCAAUGACCCCAUGUUCUCCGAGCACUUCUUCCAAGAGAUUACCCCGAAUGAAGACGACAAUAAUGAGAAAGAGAAACCAUUUCAUGCCAUGGACAAGAGCAAGUUGCGGAAUAUCCUCCGAAAACAAUUGAGUGGCGAUCCGUCCAAGAUCAAUCCUCACCUGAGUCUCAACCAGCAAGUCAAUGCCUUAUCCUAUGAUCCAAAGCUGGAGAUUGAUCGGGAAAACUUCAAGAUCGGACAGCUCCUGGGUUCGGGCAAUUUUGGAUCCGUCUACGUCGGCGAGGCCUGCGGAUUGCUUCACCCAGGAUCGUUGGAUACGGUCGCCAUCAAAACCGUGGCGGACUUAUUAGACGUAUCCCAGUUUUCUUCACUCAUGGGAGAAAUGAAGAUCUUGACCAAUUUAGACCUGCAUCUCAAUUUGGUGAACCUUUUGGGCUCUUGUACAUCUCUCAUUGACCAAGGAGAGUUGUGGCUUCUCAUCGAGUAUUGUCCCUAUGGAGACUUGAAAACCUUCAUCAUCAAGAACCGAGCCCAGUUCAACAAUAACAUCACUGGUCUUGUUUCCACUGAUUUUGAAGUCCGAAUGUUUCUCAAGUGGGCUCACCAUAUAGCCAAGGGCAUGGAGUAUCUCUCGUCCAAAAAGAUCAUGCACGGAGAUUUGGCGGCACGGAACAUCCUUCUGGAUGACCAACUCAUCGCCAAGGUCAGUGACUUUGGUCUCUCCAAGUCCAUGUACGACAGCGUUCGUUACAAGAAGGAAAAACGCCAUUAUGUCCCUUGGAAAUGGAUGGCCUUGGAAUUCUUGUGUGAUGCUUGUUUCACCCUGAAGUCAGACGUCUGGAGCUAUGGUGUGCUGUUGUGGGAAAUAUUCUCCUUGGGCCAAGAGCCCUACCUCUCACAAGAGAUGGAUGUGGUAAUUCAAUCCAUCAAGACCGGUCAAAGGUUGCCCUUUCCGAGCGAAGUUCAAAGUCUGCAAUGGGCCAAACGAAUCUAUGACACGGUCAUGGUUCCAUCAUGGAUCGCGGAUCCCAAUGCAAGAAUCUCAUUCUCUGAAAUUGUCAGUCUUUUCGAGUCGGAGAUGUUUGUGGACGAACUUGACUCAUAUCACAAGCUCGUGGGUGAAUAUGAAAGCGUGAAAGAGUUACUAUUCAACCACGAAACUCUAUCCAAGCGCAAUACACUAAGUCGGGAAAGUAGUGACGCCGUUGAAGGCCAUGCAGGUUUGACCAAGAUCCCCAGUGAUGCGUAUCAUAGACUGUUCUCUGUGGAAGAAGACGCUUCGAACCCAAAUACUCAAACAAAUGGCUACGUGACAGUCACGCAAGUGAAGGCCAAGUCAAGAAAUAACACAGAUUCCUCAACUCAAAGUACCGAAGAUGUCAAAUCCAGGGCAUCCUCUGAUCAAGGAUACGUCAGCCAUUCAGAAAUGAAGGACCGGAAGACGAGUACGGCCUCCUCUAAUUAUGUGCCUAUUCAAGCGCUUCGCAGAGGCCAGUGAGACACGAGAAAAUCGAUUGCAACCUCUGUACCUGAUUCUGUGUUUGAGAAAGAGAAAUAUCUGUAUCCGAAAUAUAUUAACUUCAGCUUUA